AUGUCCUCAGCAUUAGUUAGACAAGCUUUAGCAUUUGUUGAUCCAGAAGAUAACGAAACUAAGAAAAAGAAGCGUUCCAAAGCGAACCGGCGCUCUAACUCGGGUCAAGAUAGCCACCCGUAUAAAUCUUCAAUCAAACGUAAGAGUCUAAAGGAAGAAAAAUCUGAAGAGGACACUGUGGAUAGUAAGAUUAAGAAGUUGCUGGCACUAUCGGCUCCCGUGUCCAAGCCUAAGAUUGCAAAAAAGAUUCUAGAACGUGCGGCUAAGGGUAAACCUUUGCUGGAGAAAGUAGAGAAAAAGGUGGAAAAGGAACAAUCCAUAUUAUUCCCCGAGGAUAAUUCUUUUCAAACUUCAAAGAAGAGAUAA